AUGUAUUGUAAACAUGAUGGCUGUAAAAGGUUCAAACUUAACAUUUUACCUACUGGUGAAGAAGCAGUUGUUGAAGUUUACAGUACAAGUAUAAACUUUAAUCAUAAACCAGAUGCUCGAUACACUACUCAAAUUAGGGGAGUUGAACGAAAAAUUAUUGCAGAAAAAAUUAAAGCGAAAAGUGCUUUUAAGUAUAGACAGGAGUGUGUAUUAUCAGUUUCACCUAUUAAAUUAAUGGAAUGUGGAAAUUUGCAAACAAUUAAAUCUCCUUCGAUGUUAAGGAAACUGAAUAGUGAACAACAGUUUAAAGGGGAUUUCAACCGAAAUGAUCACUUUGAUGUAGUCUUAAUGGCCAAAGAACAUCCAUGGUUGAAUAUGAAAGUUCCCGAAAGUAUAGAAGAACCAUUCAAUGUAACAUGGGCAAGCCAACAGCAGUUGGCAAUGGUUCAAAAUUUAUUUAAACAAGGUGUGUUAACAACUAUUCAUGUGGAUUCAACAGGAUCAGUUGUUAGGCCCCCUCAGAGCUCAACAAAACAAACUAUUUAUUAUUAUGCUUGUGUAGUGCGUAUAGGUGAAAUUGAAACCGUAUGCCCAAUAACUGAUAUGGUCAGUGCAACACAUGAUAGAGAAACUGUUACAAAAUGUUUGAAAUGUUUCAAAGAUCUAGUAAUUGUAAAAGAUCCAAGUAUCUGGCCGCAUUUCAAAAAUGUUGUAACUGAUUUCAGUUGGGCUUUUAUGCAUGGUAUUUCUAAAGCAUGGAAUGGUAAAGAAACAAUAUUUGAAUACCUGGAUAUGUGCCAUCGAAUAAUAACUGGAAGAGAAACAUUGUCUUAUAGCACAGUAGUUAUUACUUCUUGUACAAACCAUUAUGUUAAAAAUAUUCUGAACCAUGUUAAACACUAUUAUCCAGAUGAUGAAAAAACAGCAUUUUAUAUAGCCAGAUGUGUUGGGUUAGUGUUUGAAACGAACAAUUAUGAAGAAAUCAAACAUUGGUUUAAGUUGCUGUCGACUAUGAUCUUGUCAGACAAGUCAACGGAAAUGUGUAAAGCAGCAAGUAUGGAAAUGAAAUCGUACCUAAAAACAAACAAUGGAAUAGUUGAGUAUGAAAUUGAAAUGUUUGAUGACGAUAAAAAUUACUCUUGUGGUAAAACCACUGAUACCUUGUAUUAUGCCGAACGAAAAAAAUCUGCAUUUUAUCAUGAUUUUAAACAAAUAUUCGACAGUGUGAGAAAAAUGGUAAAUAUUACAUCACAGGAUAAUAAUCACCUAGAUGUUAAUAGUAUGUAUUCAGAAGAGUACUUGUUACAUUUCCUUAUUGAAAAUGUGCCAUACAUGCCUCUGUGGACAAAAGUUAUGACUACUCUUGUUCAUCUGGAAGAACGCCAGAGUAAUGCAUCAGUAGAAAGUUGGUUUAAUUUAAUGAAAAAUCAUAUUUUACAAGGCACAAGAAGAAUGAAAUGUAGUAGGUUUAUAGAAAAUAUAACCCAAUAUGAAGCUCAAUGCUUUAGACAGGUUGAAUUACAAAUACCUAAACGUAUAUGUGCCAUAAAAAAAAAAGCUGAUUGUGACGAGGACAACCUGCAUUUAAAUACUCCAGAAACAUGGAGGAAGAAAGGAAAACGUCCAGCAUUCUUGAGAAACAAUAAUAACAUUUUAGGCAAAAGUUAUGGUGAAAACCAACAAAAUUGUUUGUCAUUAAAUAUACAGAGCCAAGAUAAAACACUACAACAGGGUGUUGUAUUACAUUCAAAAGGAGAUGAGUUUAAUAAUGAUCAUCUCACUGUUUGCAGUCAAACAGAUCAACCAAUUGUACGCAGUUUGGAUAAAGGUGAGCAAUUAUUUGAUAACCUCAGUGACGUCAGUGAUCACGGUUGUCUAUUAACAAGAGAAAAUAGUACAAGUCCAAGAGUCAUUGAGAAUAUAAAUAAAACUGUUGAUAAUGCUUCACCUGUGGCUUAG